GUGCUAGUAUCACCAUAGACUCGUCCAGAUUCAACCCAUAGCAGAAUCGUUUCCAGAUCACGUUCGUAAUGUCCCUCAAACAAGAAUCGCAGAACAAGGCCUUUGGCGGUACCUUGACCAAGUACUCGUUCGCCUCCAAAUCGCUCGGAGGUCUCGAGACAAAAUUCAACGUCUUUAUGCCCGCCGAGGGUGAGAAGAGCAAGGUUCCCGUGCUAUACUACCUGGCCGGCCUGACGUGUACGGAAGACACCGGUCCCCAAAAGUCUCACCUCCUCGCCCCCGCCGCUCAACACGGGAUCGCCAUCGUCUUCCCCGACACUUCCCCCCGAGGCGCCAAGAUCGAGGGAGAGGAUGCCGAUUGGGAUUUUGGGACGGGCGCUGGGUUUUACUUGAACGCGAGCAGUGAAAAGUGGAGCGGGCAUUACAACAUGGAAAAGUUCGUGGUCGAAGAGUUGAGGGGGAUCGUACAGUCAGAGUUGUCGGUAGACCCUGAGAGGACGUCAAUCUUUGGACAUUCCAUGGGAGGCCACGGAGCUCUUUCUCUCUACCUAAAGUACCCAGGACAGUACAAGUCUGCCUCGGGAUUCGCUCCCAUCUGCAACCCCACCGAAUGUCAAUGGGGCCAGAAAGCCUUCAAAGGCUACCUCUCCGACCCAUCUUCCGAAGGGCCCAAGCACGAUAGCACCCACCUCAUCGCUUCCUACCCUAAAGACGAACAGGUCGCCAUCAAGGUCGACUAUGGGACCGGCGACAAGUUUUACCAGGACGGGCAGUUGUUGCCGGAGAAUUUUGAGAAGGCCGUCAGAGACGCUGGGAGGCAGGGAGAGGUCGAAGUUGGUAGGAGAGAAGGGUACGAUCAUUCAUACUUCUUUAUCAGCACAUUCGCGGCCGAGCACGUCGAGUUCCACGCCAAGUAUUUGAAGGCUUAGAUGGACAACAAGUGUCAUAGCAUGAAAUCAUGAAACGAAUGAAAGUCUUGUACAAGAUAAAAGCGAACGCAGAUCAAACACAAGAUGGUAACCUCGGCGAAGUCGAGAUCAAAAGAUUGCAAUGAGGUUGGACCACGGCAUUACUACGAUCGUCUUCACUACGCUACAUCCCCUUCGUCUUCAUCGCAAUAACAGUCCUUGUCCCCUUCUUCACAUGGGUCGUCAUCUUGUGGCCAGUAGAAGCAGCUCGGAUCGGCCGUGGCGCCUUGAGGGAGAGGGUGGCAACACGCGUAGAAGGCUGGGUCGGACUUGUGAUUGGGGCACUGAAGGCGGCAUAGGGAUCAGAAUUGUACAGUCAGGAAAGAUUAUAUACGUGUGCUAUUAAGGGA